AUGACAGGUUGCGAGCUUGACCAUGAAAUAUCCGCUAAUCCUAGGGGUUGCCGUAUCGAUGUUACCAUAUCGCCUAAAGCAUUAUACAACCUUAAAUGUUUCCGUAUUACCCAAGAUAUAAUUCAUGAGCAGAGUGAUAUUAGAAAAUCCAGACAAGCAAUCCAGGUAUAUGAUGCUAGCAUCUCCAUCCUAAAGCAAACCUACGAUACUUCUCAAGAGCCUACUUCCAAAAGGGCUAAUAUUUCUGAGUCGGAAGACAUUCUAUGCGCUCAUAGUUUCCCGUCAGAGCAACGUAAAAAAUAUGGUCUUUGUAUGUCAAUUGAUCUUGAAAGAAGGGGGGGACGAAAAGUAGUGUUUAAUUAA